AUGCGUUCGUUCGCCGCAUUCGUCGCGACUGCGGUGGCCAUACCAAUGGCCAUCGCCGCGCCCAACAAAGCCUGGAACUCGGACAAGCUGGAUGCCAAGUACUACUCGCCGGAGCAAGUCAUGGAUGUUGAUGUUGUGAUCAUCGGUGCAGGUGGCAUGGGUGCUUAUUCAGCUAUCCAACUCAAAGACGCAGGAAAGAAGGUCGUGGUAGUGGAGUCGAAGGACCGCUGCGGAGGCCACACGGAGACGUACCACGACAAAGAGACCGGAAUCCCUAUCGAUAUGGGUGUGAAGCUGUACCAUGACGAACCUCUGGUGUACCAGUGGUUCGCCCGCUUCAACCUUUCUACCACCUUUACCACCGGCGCAGCUGGGGCAGCCGCCGGGCCAAACCUGAACGUUGACUUCAGGACUGGACAGGUGAUCCCGGGCCUGCCUGCUGCCAACCAGACGGCUAUUGGUGCUGCUAUCGCACGGUAUGCUGCCAUUAUUUCGCAGUGGCCUCAACUCGAGGGUGGCUUCUACCUCCCUGAGCCUAUUCCCGAGGAUCUGCUCAUGCCCUUCGGCCAGUUUGUUCAGAAGUAUCAGCUCACCGAUGCGGUGCAGACUAUCUAUGUCAUCACUUCUGCGUUUGGCGACGUUCUCGAGAUCCCCACGUUACAGGUGAUCCGUACCUUCGGUUUGGGUCUCAUUAAAACCAUGCAGAACUUCCAGACCAGCUCGGUCAAUGACAACAGCCUCCUCUUCGAGAGGCUCACUGCCGAACUCCUGGCAUCCAACUCUUUGCUUCUGUCUUCCAAGGUCACCAAGGUGGCACGCGUGAGCAAGAUUGAUGGCGGUGUCAAGGUUCUUGUCGAGACUCCCAAGGGCUGCCGUCUCAUCCAAGCGAAGAAGAUCCUCAUGGCCAUCCCGCCCACUCCCGAGAACCUCCAGACAUUCGACCCCAGCGGUGACGAGUUGAAGAUUUUUAGCCAAUUCACUUCCGUUGGUUACUUCACGUCCAUCAUCAGGCACGCUGCGCCCAACAACACUGCCGUCAACAACCUGGCAAUCGACAGGCCGUACGCAGUGCCAGCUAUGCCUGCUGUGUACAACAUCCUUCCUACGAGCAACCCUACCCUGAGCCUUGUCUACUACGGCACCAAGGUUGGCCAACAGAUCAGCACCGAGCAGGCGAAGGCUGCCAUCAUGGCGGACAUCAACCGUUUCCGAGCUGUGAACAACGUCACUGGCCCCGCGCCCGAGUUCGUUGCAUUCGCCAACCACGCCCCAUACAACCUGAUGGUUGGAGCCGAGGCUACGCGCGCUGGAUUCUACAAGAGCCUGUACGGACUGCAGGCGAAGCGCAACACUUUCUGGACUGGUGCGGCUUUCAGGGCUCACGACAGCUCUUCCAGCUGGGCCUUCACCAGCAGGAGCGUGCUGCCUCAGCUGUUGGCCAGCUUGCAGUAG